AUGCUAAAUCGGCAGCAGACCUUACAGAACGAUCGUUUUGCCUCCAAGUUCGCUGAAUUCAGUGCCCUCGUUGGCGCGUUUAGAGCCUACGUCUCGCCUAUCAUCGCGAUUACAGGGAUCCUCGGAAAUGGCCUCAUCAUAUACCUUUUUUGGCGCGAAAAACCACGCACCCGAUUCUCCGUAUUCGCUAUCAGUUUGGCCUUAGCUCACACCAUCUCCCUUGUCAUUAAUACCAUCAUGGAUGACUUCCUCGGCAGAGGUUUGCACUACGCAACUGGCGGUGCAUUUUCUGUCAAAUUGGAUGCCACCUCAGAGGCAAGUUGCAAAUUGCUGGAGUACUUGCCCAACACCAUGUACUUCACCGCCUCUUACCUCGUUGCGGUCUUCUCCAUCGACCGCGUACUUACUACCUACCACCCAAUUCGAUUUCACGCUUGCCGCUAUCGCAAACAAGCCAUUCUGGCCUGUCUCAUUGUCGCAAUUCUCGGCGCCAGUGGCAAUAUCCCCACCCUCUUCGUGCAAACUUUAAGGCUGGAGACGGAAGGCAACAUCGCCUGUCGCAUGGACCGAAGCAGAGCUCUGCUAGCCGACUUCGCCAUCGUUUUCACUACCAUUGUGACUUUCUUCCUACCCGUGAUAAUAGUCCUCGUGCUCAAUCUCAUAAUCAUACAACAACUCUGGAGGGCCCAUCGGUGGCGUACAACGAUGACAGGUGGCGCAAGAGGUGCUCAGGGGAUGGGACGCAUCACCGGCCACUUGGCAAUGACCACGUGCUUCCUCCUUCUCUACCUUCCCCUCGGCAUCGUCGUGCUCAUGCGCCUUCAUGUCACCGUCUGUCUGGGUGAGGAAAACACACCACGAGCCAUCCGUAUCAUCAAUAUGAGCAAAUUCCUCUCCUCUCUGAAGGACGUCGCCUACGCAGUCAAUUGCCUCAUCUACGCCAUCUUCCUGCCAAAAUUUCGGGCUCGUCUGACCAGUCUUUGCGGCUAUCACCGACCACACAACUAA